CCCGGAAGCUUCCUCAGCCUUUAGCCAGAAGCUACCUGGAAACUUCCCGGAAGCUUCCUCAGGGUCUAGCACGUUUGGGCAUUGGCAAGAGCAGCCUCCUGGACGGGCCAGCACUAUAUAAGACUGGCCCGCCCUACAGGCAGGAGGUAGUUCAUAGGCACUGGCCAGGCACUUCGCGUGCGGUUCAGGCAGGAGGCAGUAGUCUUCAGGAUUCGGCCGCAACACUCUGGAAGGAGCGCUGCAGGAGUAGUAGUAGCGUUAGCCUUAGUCUUCAGCGCUGGGCGCAGUAGGUAGCUGUAGUCUCCAGUGCUGGGCGCCAUAGCUAGGAUAGUACUAGAGAGAGAGAGAGAUUGGGCGGAGGCCUGUGGUACUUACCUGCAGCGCCGUUGCUCCAGCUUCGUCUUCAAGGUACCUGCAGCACAGCGCCAACUUCACAGGCCGAGGCAGCAGCUAAGGCUGCCGAUGAAGAAAGAAUACAGCGACGAGAGAAGAUUUUCAAGGGAGAGCGAGCCUUGCUCGCAAUGGCUGCGGACUGGCGGACUGAGGCCGAGACUGGGAAGAUGGAGGAGAGUGAAAGCAAGAUUGCUCUACUCCUCUCUCAUCUCACAGACCUCCUGGCCACGUGCGUUGCACAGCAGGAGGACAUCCAUAACCUCGACAACUCGGUGCAGCAUCACAAACGGGCAUUGGAUAGCCUCAACAGCUGUUUUCAGCAGCUGCAACAAGCAGUCGCCGCCCCCGCCGCCGGCUCCUCCAACACUUCGGACCGUCUCAAUGCCUUGGAGAUCGACAUGGGGCCAGUCAAGGAUGGCAUGCAGAUAAAGCACACCGCCGUCCAGCAAUUGGAACAGCGGAUCUGCACUGCGGCCGCCAAUCCAAGUUCCGCAGAAUGUGAGCCGACCCCAAAGUGGGACGGCCAGGCAAUCUUCCUCGAUUCGUCCAAGACGGAACCAAUUCCAUGGUUUCGCGAGUUUGAAUUGACGCUGCAGCUCCAUUAUGUCAGCGAACAUAAGAACCACGCAUACGUGUACUCCCGGUCAGGGGGCGCAUGCCAGGCAUGGCUGGACAAUCUGUUGUCCAAGUACGGCAUGGUCGCUGCAGACCUGCAUACCAAGAUCAGCUGGGAAGACCUUAAGGCAGCAUGGCACAAGCGGCUCCAAGUGGAGCCGCCGGAGAUCAAAGCCAUGGAUAAAUUGCUCUACUUCGAGCAAGGCACGCUGCCGAGUGUUGACUGGAUCGCCGAGUACCAACGCUUGACGUCAGUCCCAGACAUCCAAAUGGGCUUCAAAGCCAUCCGCCACUACUUCAUCUCAAGUUCAUGUCCGACAUAAAGCAAUGCCCUGAUUCACGUCGGGACACCUUGACGACAACGGCGGAACUUUUUGACAAGGCUUGCAUCACAAACAUACACGCACCCAAUCCCCGGAGACACGCAGAAAACAAAGGUCCAUAAACUCC